AUGGCACGCCAAGUUGUUGUCCUUGCUCUUAUUUUCAUAGCCAUUGCCGGCUUAGUCUCCGCCAAGGAGGCUCCCACCACCUCUCCUACCGCCUCACCAUCACCGAAGUCAUCUCCGACGACGUCUUCCUCUCCAACCGCCACUCCUAAAUCUAGCUCGGAGGCUAAAGCUCCGACUUCAUCUCCCAAGGCUCCGGCCAAGGCUCCAACGUCGUCUGCUUCCACCCCAUCAGCCUCUCCGUCCCCCAAGUCCUCCGCCGCCACCCCCGCCUCUUCCCCCGACACCGACGUCUCGUCUCCACCCGCCCCCGGGAGCGAGUACUUCUCUGAUGCUCCCGCUCCGGGACCUGAUUCAGACAUCGUCAAUACAGCCUCUGAUGGACCCGCCGCCGCCCCUGACACAGCACCUAAGAGCGGCGCCUCUGCUCUCGGCGUCUCUGCUGCCGCCGCAGCUGGUUUUGCUGCCGUCGCCGGAAUCUUUGCCUUCUAA